AUGUCUUUCCAUAGCUUAUCUGAGUUGAACCCCGUUUCUGUGCUUGAGAAGUUUACAGGCUCAACAUUGAUUUUACCAAUUGUGUCUAUUGGAAAUGUGCCGCAGCUUACUGUCGAUCUUCUCAUUUAUAAUCUUCCAGGUGUGAAAUUAGUUGGCAGGUUAGAUAGUACAUGGAUUUACCCAUUUUCUGCUGCACCAGACUAUACCGAAGAUGCAAAUGGAACAACUGAUGAUACAGUAAACUCUCCAGUGAGCACAUGCACAGGAUUGGAGGUUUAUUACUGUUCACAAUACAACUUGACAAUAAUUCAGCAAAGAUCGCCCAUAAUUUCAGGAUGUUCGCAACGGUUUUACAAGGAUCUUCUUGUGCCCUUUGUUGAAUUAUGCGAAUUUAAGAACGUUGUAGUUCUUCAGAGCAAGGAUAAGGGCUUCAGGGAGGAUAAAUAUGCGAAGAAUGACUUUCAACUUUGGACAAACGACUUGGCUAAGAAUCUUGCCAUUUCUCUGAACCUUCACGAUGACUCUCGGAUUGCAAGCAUGAGCAAAUGUGAAGAUAUUUCCCCAUGUGCAUCGUAUUUAUUUGAAGAGCUUUUCUCGGAACUUGCAGUGGCUGUGAAACGGACAAAGAGUGAAGAAUCACAACAGUUGUCUGGCUCUACAGACAUGGCAAGAUCAACAUCGAAUCUUUUUAUGCUUAUAAAUUCGGCAAGAACAAUGGAACUAGGCGACAUACAGCACCAAAAAGCAAAAGAUACGAAAGACAAUAAGACUGAACCUCUUGGAUGUGUAUGCCUUUCGACUUUUGUGUAUGAAGGUGAUAAUUCAAAGGAUGCCGAACAGCUCUAUGACUGUGUUUUAAAGGUCCUGGGCAUAGUGAAAAGCUCAAGCGACAAAACCAAGUUGGUUGCUCCUAAGUCGUGGAAAGGAGUGUAUGGAGGAAACUUACUUCCUACAGGUAUGGAGUACGGAUUAUAUGCUUAA